CCCCCCCCCUCUCUCCAACCACGAAACCGUCGAGUUUCUCUCUCUUUAAAUACCAGUCCGAGAAUUGGGUAUCUUCCGUGGAUUCUUGGUUGUGUUUAGGGUAGCCGCAGCCGCUGCCUGCCCGGGUUACGCCAAGAACAGAGGGGGGCAUGCGCGAGCGCGAGUACGUGGAGGAGGAGCAUGAGCCCCAGCCGGGGUGCGCGGAGGGCGCGGGGCAGGCGGCGGCGAACUGCGCGGCGGUGUGCUGCUGCUGCCCGCUCGCGCUGCUCGACGUCCUGCUGCUCGUCACCGUCAGGCUCCCCGUGGGCGUCAUGCGGCGGAUGAGGAGGACGAGGCGCCGCCGCCGCACGAAGAGGCCCGCUGCGGCGGCGUCCGCGUCGCCUUCGGGGAGCGGCAAGGCGAUGAUCGCCACCGCCUCGUCGCCGCUGGAGAUCGAGGAGGCGGUGGCGGUGGUGACCCGCGGCGGGGUGGAGUCGCCGGCGUCGGAGCUGGAGCGGGAGAUCAUGAACUCCCGGUUCUACGGCGCCGGCUUCUGGCGCAGCGUCUCCUCCGGCUCCAGCUCCUGCGCCUCCUCCUCCACGCGCCACCAAUAGCAACAUCUUCUUCUUGCAAUUUUGCUCCGUAUCUAGUAGGUAGCAUGCCAAGUUGCCAAUUACCACUCAAUUGCACUGCACAGGCGUGAUCAACUGGCUCCUCAGUUUUAGGCGUUCUUGGGUGUCAGUUCAGCUUCAGCGUGUAUAGCAGCAUCACAUUGUGGCAUGGCUUGGUACAGCGAGUGAUCGUGCACUUGCUCUUGCUCGACACGCGCGAACGCGGUCCGUGUGGAUUGGAUAAUUUGGAUCGGUAUGCAAUUGUUUUCGGGGGCUGGACCACGCCGGCAGCUUCAGAUAGAGGAGAGAAACGGUGAUCCUCGUUGCCUAGAUUCUCUCUCUUUUUUCUUCCCUUUUGACUCUUGAGAGAGUGCAGAACAUGCUGAAUAAAACUUUGAAACUCGUGUUCAAUCGA